CUUAUAAUUGAAUUAGAUAUUGGAAAAAAUAGAAAAAAAAAAAAAAAAAAAAAAAGUUUACUAUCCUGGAAAGCUCGAAUCGUGGAAACAAAACUACUCGAAGGUCAUACAGUCGAAUUUAAAUGGAGUAGAAAAGGCUUUAGAACCGGAAUCUUCAAGUAAGCAAAACACUCUUUGCAUGCUGUUACUGGUAUUUCUUCCCAAGAGCUCAAGGUCAAUGGUUCAUAUAAAGUGUAUGCAUAUACCCUUUCAAAAGGCAACUCAAUGGAUUUGAUGCACGUGUAACCUUUCUACCAAGAGCUUUCUGUACACUGACAGUCCUUGAAACUCCUGAGAAGUAGACAAUUUUCAUACGCAUUGAGGUAUCUUAGGCGUUUGCUUCAACAACAACCUAUCAGACUAAUGAAAACUCAGCCGACUGUUAUGAAUUGAAUGCGAUUGAAGAAAGCAUAAAAGAUCUUCUUCUGUUAGUCGAUGACUGUUAAACCGAGUUUGCUUCUUUAAACAGGAAAGCAGUCAAUGAAUUCAUCAAUGUUUUUAUAAUUUACAAGUUUAUGAGAAGUUUUUGUUACUAGAUUUGAAUACAGAACCUGUUUCUGCGUUCUGAGUUGUUUCCCAGAAACUUCUACUUCACUUUACCACCCUCGAUAGUCUUUUACUAAAACAAAAAGUAACCAAAGUGUAGCGAAUUGAUCACCUUUACUCUUCAAGUAAAAGAAAGGAAUAUAAACUAAGAAUUUUUUGUUAAUUUCGGCCUUCACGCGUACCUACAGUUUGAAUGAAUCAAGCAGGUCAAAUUAUUCCCUUUACAACAUCUGGCUCCCUGGUGGAUUAUGUUGACCGUAAAGUAAUAGUGGUUUUAAGAGAUGGUAAAAAGCUGAUUGGCAUUCUCCGGUCCUUUGACCAAUUUGCCAAUCUGAUGCUCCAGUACACGAUCGAAAGAAUUUAUGUGGAUGAUAUGUAUGGUGACAUCGAUCGAGGUGUUUACAUUAUUCGUGGUGAAAAUGUUGUCUUAUUAGGAGAAUUGGACUUGGAUAAGGAAUAUGAAAUGGAAAGGGGAUUGCGCCGUGUUCCGGCAGAACAUCUAUAUCCAUUGUCAAAGCAACGUCUUGAUGACAAACGAAAAUCCUUACGGGAAAAAACCAAGAAACUGAACACUGUGGGUUUCAGCGUCGAUUUUGGUCAUGAUGAUUUGUACUAAAAAUUACAGAAGUGAACCCUAUUUUUAUUUAGCUGUCUAUAAUAUAACAUUUCUUUGAUCGUUUCAAUCUAUCGUCUUCAUCGAUAUUUGUUACUUCUUUUAAAGAAUGGAAAGAGUAAGUUUACGAAUGAUAUACCGAUCGAACUUAACAAGUGAUUAUUCGGAGCCUGUUUUCCGUUUCAAUUAUUAUCUCCAAAGAAGUGUAAAUUAUUAGAGAAGGAAUUAGUAAAAUUUUUCUGAUGUUGAAUCAUUACUAGACGUCUUGAAUAUAUGAAUAUCAUCUUGUGUAGCAGGGAAAACAGGUGGACGGUCCACUGCGAGGUCAAUUUCUGAAGCCGGCCAAAUCCAGUUUUACCAGCCCAUUGACCACAUCCAUAGUAAAGUUUUAAACGAUUAAUGAGGCGCAAAUUUGGCUCUGCGCAUAUACUAUCAUAAACUUUUUCAGUUCGUUCGGCGACGUCAAUCCAUGAAUACAUCUCUUUUACCUCUUCAUGGAAUUUCACCGUUUUGAUUUUAUUAUUGAGAUAAUCAGAUAUAGCACUUGACAAGGUUCGUACUAAAUCGUCUUCUUCAGGUCUAGCAAAUCGAGUCAUAUGAGAAGGCAAUACCUCAGGAACACCUCCAACCUUGGUAGAUAUAACGUACAACCCGCAACUUGCUGCUUCCACCAAGACGGUUCCAAACGCUUCUGUCAAGCUUGGGUGUAAAUAAAUAUGACCACGUACCAUGACAUCCCGAACUUGGUCAUGUCGUACUGAACCUAACAUUUCCACUCUAUCUUGUAGCAUAUACUUUUCGCGCAUUUGUUCCAGGUCAAUUGCUUUUGGUCCAUCUCCUGCAAUUACAAAUCGAACUUUGCGAAAUUCUGCACAAAUUUUAGGAAUCACAGCAAUUA